UGCCAACAGGUGGCAGUAACUGAACGAGUCAACUCUUCAAAAGGCAGGCAACUAGUUUUCUGAACGGCGUGUGAGAUAGAUUUCCUUCCACACAGCAACAAUGGCAGCCUCCAAUACCAAUGUGAUACGGGUGCGAUUGUAUUUUGAUUACCCGCCGCCCUCGGUAUCCGACUGUCGCAUGUGCUGGGUACUCGUGGAUCUGAACAAAUGCCGGGUGGUAGCAGACAUAGCCAGCGUGAUCAGGGAAAAAUUCGACUUCAGUCGCAGGAGCAUUUUGAGUCUGUUCAUUGAAGACUGCUACCUGCCGCACACAGAGAGCGUCUACGUAGUCCGAGAUAACGACAGCAUCAGAGUCAAGGUGGACACCCUAACCCUUUCGAGUGGAAGUCAGCCGAACACAUCUGCUGUGAAGUCCAAGAAGAGGAGGAGAGCUGCCGAGGAGGAGGAGGAGGAGCCCACACAGAACCGAGUGAGUGAAGAGUGGAAGAAAAAGAAGAAGAGAAAGGAGAGUCAGGAGGCCGAUUCCAACCAGGCUGCGGUUGAAGAGAGGAGGAAAGAAGACAAGAAGAAACAGAAGAAGAAAGAUAAGAAGGUGUCGACCAAAACCACUGCCUCGUCCACAGGACCCCCUCCCACCUCGUCCACAGGACCCUCUCCCACCUCAUCCACAGGACCCUCUCCCACUGUAGUCAAAGCGGACAAAAACACCAAGAAGGCUCCAGCGGCCACAGCAGUAUCUGUUAACGGUAAAGCCACAGCAGUAUCUGUUAACGGUAAAGCCACAGCAAAGACCCCGAAUGGGGAAACGGACGACUCUUCUGAUUCCAGUGAAAGCAGUAGUGAGGAGGAGGCCCCCAGUAAAACCCCCAUGCAGAAACUACCCCCCAAAUCACACUCUGCUAGCUCUACACCCCCUGUCACAUCUAAAGCCACCCCUGUAGUUAAACCCCGAGUCCCCAUUAAGAAACCACGCCCACCUCCCUCAUCAUCUGAUUCGGACUCGUCAGACUCAUCGGGUGACGAUGCCUCUAGCAAAGCCACCACAGCCAAACCUCCCGUUAAAAACCAAACUCCUCUAUCCAAACCUGCUGCCACUCCUCCUACCACUACACCCACCGGCUCCGGAGCUGGUCCUAGAGACAAAACCACCCCCUCCAGGCCCAGCCUCCCUUCCUCAGGUCCCAGGACCUCUGUAUCCCCUGGCCAGAGAGCUAAUGCUCCAGGGCCAGGCUCUACCCCAGCAGUGCAGAAGGCCCACAGGAGGCCUGAGAGCCCAUGCUCUAGUAGUAGUAGUGAGGAGGAGAUCCAGCUGGUUAUCAAACAACCGGGCCUGGGGAUGGGAAUAGUCCCUGCUAUGGCAGCACAACCCACCUGGAGAGGCAGGGGAAGCCCUAGGGGUGCGGAGAGAGGUGGGGGUAGAGGGAUUAGGGGUAGAGGGGAUGGAGGCCAGAGUUGGGGUGGUGGAGGUAGGGGGGUUAGAGGGGAGUGGGACAGGGGUCCUCGUGGUGGGGGUAGAGGUGGGGAGUGGGACAGGGGUCCUCGUGGGGGUAAAGGAGGGAGAGGGGAAGAUGCAGGGUUUUAUUUCAACUAUGAAGGUGGACAGCGACAGCAGACUCCUCAGCCACCAUCGUACCAGAAGGACUCCCUGAAUAACAGCUCUGUGGUGUUCCAGAACCCAUCAGAGAGUGUCCCCAAGAGGGACUACAGUGAGAUGCCCCUCCUAGCUGCUCCCCCUCAGGACGGACAGAAGAUCGCCUUCAAGCUGCUGGAGCUGACAGAGAACUACACACCAGAGGUGUCUGAGUAUAAAGAGGGGAAAAUCAUUCAUUUCGACCACAGCACCAAACAGAUUGAGCUAGAGCUGCUCUCUGCUUAUCAAGCGCCGGUGGAGCCGGGGAAGUUUGACCUGGUGUAUCAGAACGCCGACGGAUCCGAGAGUGUAGAGUACGCUGUGUCCCGGGGCUCCAGGGUGACUGAAUGUUGGGACUCACUGCUCGAACCCAGGCUAGUUGUUGGGAAUUUGAGCUGAGGAACAAGAUGGACGUUCUUGGUCGACUUGGACCAGGCAUUUCUAACACACUGGCCCAUUUCCCACACUUGAAUUGCCCAGUAUUGGCCAAAUUAUAAUAAUUCAGCACACAACCCCAAUUUAGACUAAGUUAAAGAUGGACCAGUCCAAAUCUGGCAUUUGCCGGAUCUGCCCCAUGGCCAGUCCGUUUCUGGUUGGAUGGACUGGGGCUUGUUCUGACACCUCCAUAGACAGUUUACCCUGGACCCAGAUUAAGCUGGAGAUGUUCCAUUCACUAUGAUUAUGUUUAGUUCAGGAGUAGAGCCUUUAAUCUGGGUCUGGGAAACCAGCCUUACUGUCAACAUGUGGUUGACUCUACUAAUUCAGGAUGUUUUUUUUAUUUUUAUGGAGAUUUGUUAAAUUCAAUAGUUUUGCGUUUCAGUUUAUUUCCUCAGUAGACAAGAGUUAAAAUGAAAUUGACCAGAACCUUGGAUUCAGCUCAUCAAAGUCUGGAUUAAAGCUAUUGAUUAGUUUUAGUUCUGGGUGUGCUGAGCACCAUUUUAAUGACCCACUUAAACACCUUCUAAUGUUGUAUUGUGGAAGGGAGGGUACAGGCUAGGUUGCAUAAGUACCUUCAAAUGUUAUUUAAUCUUUGGUCUCUUUACUUUUAUUUUUUUUUACACAUUGAUAUAACUGUGAAUGUCCCAUCUUGCAUUUUUUUUAAAACUUGUUUGUAAGAUAAUAAAGUUUGAUAUCCUAUGACC